CAAGCACAUGUGGCGAACAAGCUCAGGUGGCAGGAUGCAACCUGGAACUGUCGUGCUCCAGUGAUGAACACUAGAUUCCUUCAUGGAAGAUUUGCUUCUUCGCUCUAUCUUGGCAUUUGGCCGAAGUCAUGUACCAACAUACUCAACCUAGUCCUACAACAAAUCACGACCGCGCAAACUAUACGACGACCAACUUACUCUUGGUAGCACCAAAGGCAAACUUUAAUAUCGAAAAGCUCUUUUAGAACGAUGAAAGGAGGUGGUAGGGCGAGACAAAUGCCGAGGGUAACACGUCAUAAAAGUGUCGAUAAUUUGGGUCACAUGACAAAGAACUUAGUCGACACGGGAAUGAGAUACGUGUUUCGGACGAAGCUACUGGAGUGCAUACGGCUGAGGGGAUUAGGACCGGAGCUUGUCACCGAACACAAGAGGAGAGAUCAAUAUUUGACAUAAGAAAAUGCUACAUACAAGAAUACUCUUCAUACGAGAAAUGUCACUGAUUGAGGUUCGCCCUACUUUUAUGACUGC